AUGGCACUGCUCGCCAACAUCGCGUCGCUCGUGUGGCUCGUGGUCCAUGGCCUCGUGGCGCCGCUGCUCGUGCUUUGCUGCCCGCGCGACCCCGACCAGCGUUUCUUUGACGCGCUUGUGGCGCGCGUGCUUCGGUCGCAAACUGCGCUGGCCCAUGGCUGCGUCCGCUUUAACUUUAACGUCUACGGCCAUCUCCAGCGCCUCGUCUUCCGGCCUACGUCCGUCGUCGAUACCCCAAACGUCCAAGGCUUGUGGUACGAUGGUCGCCCGAGCAAGAAAGGCUCGGAUCACGACAUUACGAUCCUUUACAUCCACGGCGGCGGAUUUGUCGUCGGGUCGGCCACGACGCAGAGCUGCGAUAUCAUCCAGCCACUCCUCCAAGCGCUACGUGCCAAGGCCAUUGACGCGCGGGUCUUUAGCCUCGAGUACGACCUCGCACCCGAGUUCAAGUACCCGCACCAGCUUCAGCAAACCAUCUCGGCGUAUGCGUGGCUGCGCGCCGAGACGAGCGGCCCGAUCCUUGUCGUGGGUGACUCGGCGGGCGGAAACCUCGCAGCGCUGCUGCUCCAGCACAUUGUUCGCGCCAACUUGCCGCCCCCGGUGGGGGCCAUCUUGCUCUCGCCGUGGGUAGACGUCGCCGGCACCGCGCCGUCGUACGCGCGCAACGCCGCCACCGACGUCUUUCUCCCGUAG